CAGCUAGUAAAGCAAGAUCCACUAUUAGUCAACAACUAUCAUCUCAAUUGUAUAAUUCCUUUAUCUUAUCUUGUGGUAAUUCAACAGACAUUCCAUCCAGACAAAUCUUUCAGACUUAUCUACAGACAUCCAUAAUCUUCUUAGCCUUAUUUGAUCCUAAUCCUUCAAACAUCAUUGACACUAGU